CAACAUUGUCUUCCACUGAUAUUCCCUUCUAAGAACGUGCGUCAAUCCACUUGCUUCUCACGAGCCAAUAAUCGCUGUGGAGCAGAGGUGAAGCGGUCGGACGGCAAGUUAAUUAGAAGAUUGUUCUGCAAAAAUACACAUAAAAAAUCACUCCUUGAUCAAGAUUACAGGCGGAAACUCAGACCUCGGUCCAUUGCGAGUCGUACUUGCUCAGGCAACAGAACAGUCACGCCUGGGAGCUGGGCCGUGCGAGUACGCAUUCUCGAGCCGAGCGGAGCCGCACCUCCUGGGAACGAGAACGAACCAAUCGCGCUCUCGCUUAUGGUGACGUCACACUGCCGACAUCCUUUACGAUGUGUGUUUACCUUGGCAAAGCACGCGGGGCGUCUGGAGAGUCAUACAAAGUGCAGUGAUUUGGGCACGGGCGUGCCGCAUAACCAUUUGAAGGCUCCGCACGCGCCUCGUGAAGAUCUUCUGUACACCAUGUGUCCACUAUGGCCUUUCCAUGUUUUUUUAAUAUAUGGUAUAAUACUUGGACCUCUGUGGAUGAUGACAUCUGCUGCAGUAAAUCAAAUGAUGCAUACAUGGAAUGUAUCAUUUGAACCAUCUUCACUUCUAAAUAUACCAAUUGGUAGUUUAAACACAGUUUCAUUUGAAACGUAUGACUUAACACCAGAAGAAAUUCAGUACGGUGUUGUCAGUGUGCAAAUAGAAAAUGCAGGUCAUGAUAGCGUAGAGCCAGUGGAUAAAAUAUAUAUACUCAAUACAGAACCAAUGAAUGAUCAUUAUUGGUCUUCAGCAUUUAAUAUCUCUGCAAAUUUUUUGGGUUAUGCCAAAGCACGCCUCAAACUUAAAAGUAUAAAUGAUGACAGAACUUUAAAGACUUCAAAUGCUCUUAAUAUAACUGUAGUGCGUGAGGAGAAAGCCAUAGAUAAAGCAUUUACAUGGAGUGUAGCUACACUUGUGUCUAUUAUAUAUAUCAAUUUUGGCUGUGCAAUUGAACCUGAUAUUGUGAAGAAGACAUUGAAGAGACCAAUUGGGCCUGUGAUAGGUUUCAUGUCCCAGUUUGUUGUAAUGCCUCUGGUGAGCUUUGGUCUUGCUAAGGUCCUUUUCCCUGAGUCAUUAGCCAUGCAGCUAGGCAUGUUCUUCACGGGAGUGAGCCCAGCAGGAGGAGCUUCGAACAUAUGGACUGUGACGCUAGGAGGAAAUUUGAAUCUCAGUAUUACUAUGACAACUAUUAGUACAUUUGCUGCAUUUGUGAUGAUUCCGGUAUGGAUAUUCACCUUAGGACAGCUGAUCUUUGCAGCAGCAAAUACUAAAAUCCCAUAUGCUCGCAUUGCUUCAAUUGCAGUGGGUCUGGUUAUUCCACUUAGUAUUGGGUUAGCUUUACAAAGGUUCUGCCCUAAAAUAGCAAAGUUUAUGGCAAGAAUACUUCGUCCAUUUUCAAUAAUUCUUAUCCUUUUUAUAGUAAUAUUUGCCAUAAUUACAAAUUAUUACAUAUUCAAACUCUUCUCUUGGCAAAUUGUGGUUGCUGGACUUGGUUUACCUUGGCUUGGCUUUGUUUUUGGUGGACUUUUAGGUCAUGUUUUUAGGCAGCCUCCCAUGGAUAUUCUGGCAAUUGCUAUUGAAACAGGAAUUCAAAAUACAGGCAUAGCAAUUUUCAUGUUACGUUUCUCAUUGAAACAACCUGAAGCAGACCUUACAACAGUUGUGCCUGUAGCUGUUGCAAUUAUGACUCCUCUUCCUUUGGCCCUGUGGUAUGUCAUAAAGAAGUUUCAGGCCUAUUCUUCACAAAAGCGGAAUAUAAGGUUAGAAUCUGAUGGUGUUGGAGAUCCAAGUAGACUUGAACCUUUAAGUAAUGGAAAUGGUCGUAUUUCUUCACAUGAGUGAACUUAGAAUCUUUUGAAUAUCAUCACAUUAUGUGCAAAAGGGCUAACACAAAAUAUUGGUGAUACAGACAUUUUUCCCAAUAGAAGUAUAUUAUGUUUGAUCUCAGAAGCCAAGGAACGUAAAUUAUUGUAAAGGACUUUCCUCUACUUCGUAGUGUGACUGUUCCAAAUUACUUGAAGCACUUGUUGAUAUACUUUUUAAUAUUCUUGUUGUCAACACAAUUUCAAGUUCCUAGAAUGUACAUCUUUCCUUCCUUCAAAAUAGGUGAAAUGAAAUCAUGAUAAUAUUGAUAUGUAUGAAAAAAUAUACUUCAUAAAAUCAACAAAAAUCACCAAUUGUUUCCAAGUGUUGAGAUAAUUUUUAAAUCGCCAACCAGUGCUCCAUGUAAUGACAAUAUUUAUAAGUAAUGAUAAUUGUGGUUCCUGAGUGACAUGUUCCCAGUUGUACUAUUGUGAAUUUAAUGUUCAUUUUAUGUCCUUUCCAUAAAAGAAGCUAAUUUUGCAAGUGUCAAUGAGUGCACUAGUCCCUCAAUACAUCUUGCAAUGUGAUUUUGUUUUAUUUUCAAAAGAUCUCUCAGGAACAUACUGAACAGUAACAAUGCUAAAUUUCAUGUUUUGUGUUGAAUAACUGCAGUUUCUUAUCUAUUGGUUAUUUGACUAAUCCUGUUCAGGGCUCCAAGCCAAAAAUUUUCCCGUCGUGUAAUAUCUGCCUCCAAUAUUUUUUCACGUUAUCAUUGCAUCACAGUAAACUAAACUAAUAAUAAAUCCAUUUAAUCAACUGAUAAUAAAAGUAGUUUGCUGAUACUGUUAAUUUUUUUCUUUUUUUCACAUAAAAUAUUUACUGUGUAAAUCUAAAUGUGAAAUUGUUUUUCAUGAGAAACUUCAGUGACUGACUAUUGUGGGUGUUCUGUAGUACACUGGUUUUGGUAAGUGCCUAUUGGUACUUUAGGUUCACCACUUAGUUAUUUUAAUUAUUAUGUAAAGAAAACAGUGUUAAUGCCUUUCCAACAAGAGACAAUCAAAUUGUAUGCAGGUAAUAAAUGACAUGAUGGUAAAUCAAAAAAUUAUUUUUAAUUUUGAUGUUUUGUCCCAAGGUAAUAUUUUGCUAAAAAUUGCAAUAAUAAUACCUACAUUAUGUUGGUAUUGUGAUGACUCUCAAGAACACUUUAAUUUGUGUUAAUUUGGAGAAUUCAGAAAGAAUUUAUGCUGUCUGAUGAAAGAUUCUCUAAAUUGUAAAGAAGAUUGAAUAAUCCUUAUGUGGAGAACAGUUCAAAAAAUUGAAUUUAAUAUAUGUAGUACCUACAAAUUGCUAAUACUUAUAUCGCAGAGUAUGACUAAACAAUAUCAAGAUUGUAGAUGCAAUUAUUGAUCUCUUGGAGAGGUUCUGUUGACACUGAAGUAGUAAUGCAAGUUGAUAUUAUCUUUUCAAACUAUUUUAAGUGAUGUGUUGCCUUAAUCUUGGUGUCUAACUCUUUUGAUAUCUUUACUGUCUAGUAUCUACAAUAAAUUAUUCACUGUCAGUUUUGCAUUCCAGCGUGCUCCACUAACCUGUGUAAUUGUUAUGAUUUUAACGAUCACCAAGCAGUAACGACAGUAUCACCAACAUGAUUGUCAAGGUCUUAAGGACGUACAAGCUAGGUCAUGAAAUUUUGCUUGUAGAUUCAACAUAAACAAAUAUUGAUGAAGACAAUGUCAGCUUGCAUGUAGAUUAAACACUAUACAAUUGAAAUAUAAACAGUUUUGUUUAAGAUUUUAAAGAUCUAAUUGUAAAGAUCAGUAAUAUUUUAGAAAGCCAACAUACAUGCAUACAAUUCUUCUUGGUCUUUUAAAUUUAAGUGUCAGUCCAUGUAUUAAAAUCAUUUACUCAAACCCUUCAGGGCCAUAGAAAGCUAAAAUACAAAUUAGAUUCAUUAUACAUUUUUGUUUAACGGAAAUGACUUCCGAUUGAACUUGAAAACAAGAAGGUCCAUUUAUUAUUUCAUCGAAUUUAAAAAUGCGUGAUUUUUACAGUUUUGUUAAAUUCUUUUGCAUAGUUUAAAACAAUUGCAAAAGAAUAAUAUAUACUAUUUCUCUAUAUAUCAGGGGGGAGGGGAGGGGAAAUCAUUAUUGGUGAAGGAGUGGUUGCCCUUUUGCCAAAAAUGUGAUGAUAUACUUAGUCUAUUUCAGAUUGUGGUAAAGGUGUGACAGUAUUACCGGAUGUAUGUUCCCAGAAGUUUACAAUUUUGGAAGCAGCUGUUUUUAUUUUAAUAAUGAAGUAACAUGUCACAAAACAUGCUUAUAGUCUUUUAGGUUGUUGUUUAGUGCCUUAACAGGUGACAUGGGGGGGGGGAGGUGUGUCUUCCCAAGAAAGAAAUACUGCAUGUUAAACUUUUAUAUAAGAGAAGGUUUAUGGAACACUGCCAGUAUUUAUCAAAUGACUAAAGAUUGUUUUAUACAAAUGAAAGUUGAAUAUUUAUAUAGUUUUAUAGAAAGUGUAAAGGCAGGAUAGUUGAAUAAAUAUAUGCAUUCCUGCAUUGUUUUUUUUUUUUGCUGUAAUUACAGUUUUCUGUCUGACCUUGCCUGUCAAUACCUAGUGACUAUUUGUAAAUCAUUUCAAAGUACACUUUGGGUAAGGUGGCGAACA